CAUAUAAUGUACUUGAGGAGGCUGUGAUGUACAAAUGCAUAUGUACACUUAGGAAAAAAAAAAGAUUAAGAUAAAACACAAAAGAAACUCCGCAUGGAAAAUAAGAGAAAUGGGAAAAGGAGUGGCUGCAAAACAAGGAAUCUUAUAUAUAUAGAAUUGCAAACGUUCCUAUAGAGAGAGAGACAGAGAGAGAGAGAGAGAGAGAGAGAGAGAGAGGGAGGGCAUUUUACUUCAGAAACAAGUUGUGAGUUCAGAAUCAGAAGGAAGAGAAAAAAAAAUGGGAAGAGGUCGUGUUGAGUUGAAGAGGAUAGAGAACAAGAUCAAUAGGCAAGUGACCUUUGCGAAGAGAAGGAAUGGUCUGUUGAAGAAAGCGUAUGAGCUCUCAGUUCUCUGCGAUGCAGAGGUUGCUCUCAUCAUCUUCUCAAAUAGAGGAAAGCUGUACGAGUUUUGCAGCAGCUCAAGCAUGCUCAAAACCCUCGAGAGGUACCAGAAAUGCAGCUAUGGAGCCCCUGAGCCCAAUGUGCCUUCAAGAGAGGCCUUAGAAGUUGAGCUGAGCAGCCAGCAGGAGUACCUGAAGCUUAAGCAGCGUUUCGACGCCUUACAGAGAACCCAAAGGAACUUAUUAGGAGAAGAUCUUGGCCCUCUUAACACUAAGGAGCUUGAGGCACUUGAGAGGCAGCUUGAUUCUUCCUUGAAGCAGAUUCGAGCUCUCAGGACUCAGUACAUGCUCGACCAGCGCAACGAACUUCAACGUAAGGAACAAAUGCUUACCGAGACGAACAAAGCAUUGAGGAUAAGGUUAUCAGAAGGGUAUCAGAUGCCAUUGCAGCUUAACCCUCACCCCGAAGAAAUCGGCUAUGGCCGCCAACCACAGCACGACGCCUUCUUCCACCCCUUGGAUUCUGAGCCUAUCCUCCAAAUCGGGUACCAACAGCAGCAAGAUGUGAUGAAUGCAGCAGCAGCAGCAGGUGCAGGGCCGAGCGUGAAUAACUAUAUGCUUGGUUGGUUACCUUAUGACAACAAUUGAAAUUGUGUCAAAUGAGGGCUUUUUUAAUUGUUUAUAACAUUUUUAAUUAAAAGUGUUACACUUUUAAUUAAUUUUCUUGGGGGUUUAAAAUCUUUUAAAAAAAACAUCGGUCCAAUCUCCUGUUGGUGGGUCGAUAUCUGUUUUGUGUUCGAGCUUCCAUAUUUGUGUGCGUGUGUGUGUGUAAUGUAAUGCAUAAGCUGUUUUUUUUUUCUGCUUCGUUGUUUAAUGUCUCAACAAUAAUACUAUAUUUUUGUUUUGUAUCUUUUUUUUCCCUUA